UGUUUUUUCCCACCCCCUGGCUUUGAUGCAGCAGCCAGGUCUCCUGUGGGUGCUUGGGAUCAAUAGCCUCUAGCACAGCUGAAGACGACAACAGUUGGUGGCAAGAAGGGAGGACGAGAGGAGCCUGAAGGAGCAGCGUUUUUACCUUGCUUUAUAUAUGAAAAGGCCAGAGCAGCCUGUGCGACCCUGAGCACAUCUGCCCUUUAACAGCAAGGUAUUUCUCAUUUUCUUCUUCGGAAAGCUUUUCAGUCCUGAUUUUUCCCCCUGUUCCCGUUGUUGUUGUACCAGCUGAGUCAUCAUGUCUGCUCUGACGCCUCAAAGCGACAUGCCAACCCCCACCACAGACAAGAUCACUCAGGCUGCCAUGGAGACCAUCUAUCUUUGCAAAUUCCGAGUGUCGAUGGAUGGAGAAUGGCUCUGCUUGCGUGAGCUGGACGACAUCUCACUGACACCUGACCCAGAGCCUACCCAUGAAGAUCCUAACUAUCUCAUGGCGAAUGAACGCAUGAACCUGAUGAACAUGGCGAAACUGAGUAUCAAGGGAUUGAUUGAAUCGGCCCUUAAUCUGGGCAGGACACUGGACUCCGACUACGCACCUCUCCAGCAGUUUUUCGUUGUGAUGGAACAUUGCCUUAAACAUGGCCUGAAAGCCAAAAAGACUUUUCUUGGGCAAAACAAGUCAUUUUGGGGACCUCUAGAACUAGUAGAAAAACUUGUUCCUGAGGCUGCAGAGAUAACAGCAAGCGUUAAGGAUCUCCCAGGGCUGAAGACACCUGUGGGUAGAGGAAGAGCUUGGCUUCGCUUGGCUCUGAUGCAGAAGAAGCUUUCUGAAUACAUGAAAGCCUUGAUAAACAGAAAGGAUCUUCUCAGUGAAUUUUAUGAGCCUAAUGCACUGAUGAUGGAAGAAGAAGGUGCGAUCAUUGCUGGCCUCCUAGUAGGUUUGAACGUCAUCGAUGCCAACUUCUGCAUGAAGGGUGAAGACCUGGACUCACAGGUUGGGGUUAUUGAUUUCUCAAUGUAUUUGAAAGAUGGGAACAGCACAAAAGGCAGCGAAGGAGAUGGUCAGAUAACUGCUAUUUUGGAUCAGAAAAACUAUGUAGAAGAACUCAAUAGGCAUUUAAGUGCUACAGUAAACAACCUGCAGGCCAAGGUGGAUGCCUUAGAAAAAUCCAACACUAAACUGACCGAGGAGCUUGCAGUUGCAAACAACAGGAUUAUUACACUGCAAGAGGAGAUGGAACGGGUUAAAGAAGAAAGCUCUUACAUCUUAGAAUCCAGUCGUAAGGUCACUAAAGACAGAACUGCUGAUGGACAUGCACUGACUGAGGCACGAAAACAGUUAAAGGAGGAGACUCAGCUGCGGCUGGAUGUGGAGAAAGAGCUGGAGGCACAGAUUGGGAUGCGGCAGGAGAUGGAGCUAGCCAUGAAGAUGCUGGAGAAAGAUGUUUGCGAGAAGCAGGAUGCGCUGGUGGCGCUCAGGCAGCAGCUGGAUGAUCUCAGGGCCCUAAAGCAUGAACUGUCUUUCAAGCUGCAGAGUUCAGACAUGGGAGUGAAACAGAAGAGUGAGUUAAACAGUCGCUUGGAAGAAAAAACAAAUCAGAUGGCUGCCACCAUCAAACAGCUUGAACAAAGAUUGCGACAGUCAGAGAAGGACCGUCAGUUGGCCGAGCAAGACAACCGCCUCUUCAAGCAGGAGUUUGGGGACAAAAUCAACAGCCUCCAGCUCGAAGUGGACGAGCUCUCCAGGCAGCGGAGCCACCUGGAACUAGAACUGAAGCGGGAAAGGGACAGAUGGUCACACAGUCACCAAAGCAGCCAGGAAAGCAAGAAAGGCACCAAGUCUUGGCUCAGGCAGGAUGGGAAGCUCAAAACCCAGGAAGAAAACACUAAAGUGAAGCAGUCGCUAGGAGAGAACAGUGUCCUGACACCCAAGUUACUGAGCAGUACGCAGGAAGAGCAGGAGCAGCUCUCAGGACCUGGAAAUGCUGAGAUCUGCCAGCUCUGCCAGGAGGAAAGCAGCCGGAGUAAAAGAAAGAACAUCUGCAAGAACUGUGGUGGCAUCUUCUGCGAUGCCUGCGCAGUGAAUGAGCUGCCCCUUCCGUCUAGUAUCAACCCCGAGCGUGUCUGCAAUCCCUGCCACCAGCAGCUCAUCCAACAGUACUCAACCAGUCCCUUGUAGGGGAUGGGCUGCAGGGAGAGGUGACAAGAAACGGCUGUAGAUGAUGAUGGUUUCUGGGGUUGGUCAGGGGUAUGUGAAUAGAAGAUGCUUGCCUGUGUUUGGAUGUCAGAGGGGAAGCAGCUUCAUGGUGUUUACAGUCUCUUGUGACAAAAAACAGUCUGAGCCUUCCCUGUACAAAAACCUGCCUGCUCUGAGGCCUGAGCUUGUGCUGAAGAACUGCUUUGGGAAUGUCAUGAGAAGUAGCCCAGGAUGUGCCUGAGCAGCCUCAGGACACAGUGAGAACAGACCCCCCCAAAACAAGCUGUGUGUGUGCAAGUUGAGGACGUUCUCAUCCUGAAGUGUGGUAUGAAAGCUGCUGCUGUGAAGCAGAGGCUCACUGAAAGUGGAACACGAGCUUUUAAUCCUCAUGUCUGGUUGCACUUGAAAUCCCGUUUCUCCUUUCCCGGUUGCCUUUGACAAUCUGGCUCUACCUGCUACAUCAGUGCCAGGCAUCAGGAGGUGGGUGAGAUGCCAGUAAUCCCUUCCUAGCUUCGUUUCUUUGGCUCAGCACUCUGGCCGUGGGCUUGGCAUGCAAAUCUAUACCAAAACCAAUCAAAGCUGUGAAAAUUCCCCUUCUGUAUUGUAAGGGGUGGAGGUGUUGGUGCUUCUGAUGGAUGCACAGUAUGAGAACUGGUGGCCUGCACUGAUCUGGCAUGUAAGCCUUAUGGCAUCUCUGACCUCCCUGUCAGAGACCCUCACUGUGACUUUGUGACUACGCGAGGGUGUAAGUGCACCUCCCACCUCGGUGUGCUAACAGAGGAAGUCCCAAGUAUUUAGACACAGAAAGUGGUUUAGGGCCACUUCACCUUGUCCCCUUGCACACGUGGAAGUGUCACCAUGGAAAACCUGGUGUUUCACUUUCUGCUAGGUCAGAAUGAAGGCAAGAUGAAAUCAGAAUGCUUUGCACCUACUAGAAGUGGUAGUUUGAAACACAGUUUAAAGAGGUGUCACAGUUUAUGCUACAUCAUUCUUUGUUGCUGUCAUCUCAUGGAAUUUCUUGUUAAUCUGAAAAGCGGUGGUGGCUUCCUCACAAACACACAGCAGGUCAUAGUUGUGUUGGGUUUUAUUGGAAGCCUGCAUCAGUCUUGAAGACCAUAGAAUGUUUUGUAGUCCAUAGAGAACUGAUGUAUUUAUGUGACAACAAAUGCAUUUGGGUUUGUACAAAUAGUAUUAGGGGGUAGUGGUUUAAUUCCUCAGAGGGGAUUUUCUGUUCAGUAGCUUGGCUGGGACUGCAUUAAGUGUGUCAGAGCUGAGGUUUUGUGGCUGGUGCGAGUUUGGACUAUGAAUUACUCUUCUAGAUCCCUCUAGGCCUUGGUGUGUUGAGCCACACGAGUUCUCCAACUCCUCUUAUUGCCCUUUACAGGGGGGAAACUUCAUGUAGUUUUUGUGCUCUUCCCCCCCCCCCCCCCGCCAUGGCAGUUACCAGAUCCAUUUCCUUGCUGCUGUCCCUUACAGUAGAUGAGUAGUUGUAAACUGUUGAAAUAUGAAAAGCCUGGAAUUUGAGUGUGGGCACCCUCCUUCAGGGGCUGGACAGCAGAGAUGGAUGGGGAGGACACCAAGAACAGUGGGACAGUUUUGUGUAUGUGCUGUACACGUUGACGACAUGUAAAAUUCCUGCACCCAAACCCAGUGUGACUCACCCCCCUGGAGAAAGUGAGACCCACACAAUUUCCGUGUCAGAGGGUUAAACUAGAACCUGGGCGCUCCCUGUCAAUCACUUUUAAUGCUGGUAUGACCAGCACACUGCAGCUCCUAAGGGUUGUGUGCCCUGUACCCAGCUUUUAAUCAUCCAGCUGGAGCAGCUGCCACUGUGCUUGCUCAAGGUGAGGGCUGACACUGUUGUUGGUGUGAAAGAGAGGACAGCUUGUGAGCAGGUCCCGUGGAGACACACAAGAUCCCUACUCACAGGCAGGGAGGCGACUGAAACCCUUCAGAGCCCUGGAAACAGGCAUUUUGGAAGGUUAGGGUGAGAGGGUGUUCCAUGUCAGCACUUGCCUCUUCCCUUGUAUCUCAGCCUCAGUGAAGGUCUCUGCUGGGACAUACUGGAUGCUGCAGAUGUUCAGGGUGUUGGCUCAGGUACAGCUUGUAAUGGUGGAGCGUGGGCUGACACUGGCUGUCAAGCCUGGGGGAGCAGAGGGCAGGUUUUCUGAUGUUCAUUUUGUUCCACACAAUAAUAAAAACUUGGUCAUCUGUCUCA